CGGUCCACGCCCCACUCUCUCUCUCCAAAGCUCUCUCUCUCUCUGACUAUAUAUACCUGCUACCGCUAACAUGUACAUUUUUUCCCUUCUUCUUCUUCUUCUUCUCUCUCUCCCCUUUCUUCUCUCUCCUCUUCUCUCCGAUCAUUUUCCGGCGAAAUCACCGCCGGCGUCGUACCGUUCAUCCGCCGGGGAAUCUCAUCCUCCGCCAUCUGAGCUAUCCAAGGAUAUCUUUAACUGGAAGAGCUGAGAAAUAUGGAUGUUACUAAGGAGUAUGGACUUAGAAAUGUGAGUUCUCACUGCUCAAUCGCUGAGAUAGACGAUUAUGAUCUCUCAAAGCUUCUUGAGAAGCCGAGGAUCAACAUAGAGAGGCAGAGAUCCUUUGAUGAGAGGUCACUUAGCGAGUUGUCAAUUGGCCUAUCAAGAGCCCUAGAUAACUUUGAGAUCUCAUACUCACCUGUUGGACGGUCAGUAUUGGAUACUCCUGCUUCAUCAACUCGGAACUCCUUUGAGCCGCACCCAAUGGUUGCUGAAGCCUGGGAAGCUCUUCGCCGAUCUUUGGUGUUCUUCCGGGGCCAACCUGUUGGCACAAUUGCUGCGUAUGAUCAUGCUUCAGAGGAGGUUCUUAAUUAUGAUCAGGUUUUUGUACGAGAUUUUGUACCAAGUGCUCUGGCCUUUCUAAUGAAUGGUGAGCCCGAUAUAGUUAAGAACUUUCUACUAAAGACACUACAGCUUCAAGGGUGGGAAAAGAGAAUUGACAGAUUCAAGCUAGGGGAAGGGGCAAUGCCGGCUAGUUUCAAAGUUCUUCAUGAUCCAGUUCGUAAAUCAGAUACUAUAGCAGCAGAUUUUGGUGAGAGUGCAAUUGGAAGAGUUGCUCCGGUUGACUCUGGAUUCUGGUGGAUUAUUCUGCUGCGUGCAUAUACAAAGUCUACUGGAGACCUAACUCUGGCUGAAACACCAGAGUGCCAAAAGGGAAUGAGGCUCAUUCUGGCCCUGUGUCUAUCAGAGGGAUUUGAUACAUUUCCAACUCUGCUAUGUGCUGAUGGAUGUUCAAUGAUUGAUCGAAGAAUGGGUGUUUAUGGUUAUCCUAUUGAGAUUCAAGCACUUUUCUUUAUGGCAUUGAGAUGUUCUUUGUCAAUGCUGAAACAUAAUGCAGAGAGGAAAGAGUUUCUGGAGAGAAUAGUAAAGCGCUUGCACGCUUUGAGUUAUCACAUGCGAAGUUAUUUCUGGCUUGAUUUCCAACAAUUAAAUGACAUAUACCGCUAUAAAACAGAGGAGUAUUCUCAUACAGCAGUAAAUAAGUUUAAUGUUAUUCCUGAUUCAAUCCCAGAAUGGGUGUUUGAUUUUAUGCCAAUACGUGGUGGCUAUUUUAUUGGCAAUGUUAGCCCAGCAAGGAUGGAUUUUCGAUGGUUUGCUUUAGGUAAUUGUAUUGCUAUUUUGUCUUCUUUGGCUACUCCUGAGCAAUCUGCUGCUAUUAUGGAUCUUAUAGAAGCACGCUGGGAAGAGUUGGUUGGAGAAAUGCCUUUGAAGAUAUGCUAUCCUGCAAUAGAAAGUCAUGAAUGGCGAAUUGUAACUGGUUGUGAUCCGAAGAAUACCAGAUGGAGCUACCAUAAUGGAGGAUCUUGGCCAGUGCUUUUGUGGUUGGUAACUGCUGCCUGCAUCAAAACGGGACGGCCUCAAAUUGCCAGACGAGCAAUUGAUCUUGCCGAGAGCCGUCUGCUCAAAGACAGCUGGCCGGAAUAUUAUGAUGGGACACGAGGGAGAUACGUUGGUAAACAAGCACGGAAAUAUCAGACUUGGUCGAUAGCUGGAUAUUUGGUGGCAAAGAUGAUGUUGGAGGAUCCCUCUCAUUUGGGGAUGAUCUCCCUUGAAGAGGACAAGCAGAUGAAGCCUAUGCUUAAAAGAUCAUCCUCUUGGAAUUGCUGAAAAAGCAGGACAACAUAGAAACAAAAGAGUAGAGAUAAAAAAGAAAAAAAAAAAAGAGACAAAAAACAAAAGGUGAGUGAUCUUGUUAUUUAUGACAGGGAAAAAAAAAAAUUUAAAAUCAAUUUAACAAAAAAACACUAUUCUUUGGCAAAAUUUCUAUUGUAGGUUUGUUUUUUGAGUUUGGUUUUGUGUAAAUUAGGAUCUGCCAAACUAAGCAUCUUUGUUUCUCAAAUAAGAGACUCAUUUUGAUAUUUUGUGAUUUGAAAGGCAUUUUGGAAAUGCUAUGCAAAAACAAACUCAGGAUAAUGUUUCCACUCAAUCUAUAUGAACUUUUUUGCUUUCAAA